CCCGUUGUCCUUUUUAUCUUCAGCCACGCGUGACGGAAAAUGGUUUCUGUCACGUAACUGUUCGCGUGUUUGUGACACUUCGAUGCCUUUCACACGUGGAGUGUUGAAGUCCGCAGAGCAAAACGCUCAUGUAGCCGCCGCCAGACGUGCAUCUUUGUCUCUUAAUUUUGUUUGCAGGUUAUCAGGCUCUUUCGAUUCAUGAGUCUUGAAUUUUUUGACCAACUCCUGGCAGAGUUGAGUGACGAAAGUCACCCGUCCACAGUUGACUUACGGUGCUGCGGCUCGGUAUACUUCGAGUUUUACGCAGCGGCUCGUUCAUUGCAUGACAACGUCGACUCGGGGACGUCAAUGAAACCUUUCAUCGAUAGGGCGUAUCAAGAAAUGAGCCGCUUACCGCCGUCCGAGUCCCUUUGCUGGCGAAGGCUAUACACAGACGCCUGCCUCUUAUAUGCUGUAUCCGAAGUUUCUGAUUUGGUACAGGAUGAUGCAGCAGCUACAGAAGCUGUUGCCGUCUUGGAUCGCGCUAUUAUUAUAGCAGGCGCUCCUGGCAGAUUGGAUUCUAUCCAUCAACUCAUCAAAGAUAUCCAAGAGAACCAUCUAACGCUGAAACCACUCAGAGCCUCUCCUGGUCACAAACAAUCACUGACACAGAUGUACCAUUCCAGCGCCUUUUCCCUUGGUGUUCCUUGCAUUCACCCUCCACCAAAUGCCUUCGGGAGGGAGUGGUCACAAAAGCCAUUUGUACUUCAACGUCAUGGUCACGUACAAGGUUGGAAAGCCUUAAGUUCGUGGGCGUCUAUUGACUAUCUCCGUUCCGUGGCGGGCGCUGGUCGUCUUGUGCCUGUCGAAGUUGGGAAAGACUACAGGACUGAGGAAUGGACCCAAAGGCUGAUGAGCUGGGACUCUCAACCCCAGAAUGAGGUGUCAUACCUUGCACAACAUAACCUCUUGAUGCAAUUCCCGGCUCUCGAAGGGGACAUUGGUAUUCCCGAAUACGUUUAUGCGUGCCCUGAUCCCCCAUCUUGUUAUCCUGCUUACAAACCUCCGGGAAAUGCGGAUGGGUUGAUCAUCAAUGCAUGGCUCGGCCCAAGGGGUACCAUUUCCCCGGCCCAUACUGACCCCUUCUUCAAUUGUUAUGCCCAAGUGGUCGGCCGCAAGACCGUCUGGCUCGCACCGCCUGAUGUUUCCGAUUUGAUGUACCCAUUCGAUACAUCGACAUCUGACACUGCUGAUAAAUCUCGCAAUCCGGCAGUCAACGUUACGGAGCCAUCAAUGUGCAAUACAUCUCGGGUGGAUGUGUUUCCCGAUUCCCCGGAGGCAGAGAAAGCAUCGCGAGAUGCUUUCCCUGAUUUUUGGAAAGGGGUGCCGCAGAAAGCUAUGUGCAUGACCUUGGCCCCCGGUGAUGUGCUAUUUUUUCCUCCUGGAUGGUGGCAUGCGAUGCGGAGUGAAGAGACGAGUUUUUCUGUUUCGAUGUGGUUUUAGUUGUGGUUUUAAGAUGGCGUUGUGUACGUAGAUACGUUGAUGGUGACCAUUAAACGAGCAAUGCGAAAGUCGGAGAAUGAGAUGAUCGAUCUGCUGUGAGUCGGAGCCUGUGACUUGUCC